AUGGAGCCCGUGGGCAGGAAGCGCAGCAGGAAGGCUGCCGAGGCUCAGUCGGAGGCUCAAGUAAACACAGCCCAAGGGGCCACGAAAGAAGGUUCAGGGGUCGCCUCUAACUUCCCAGGACAGCCAACCAUGGAGCCCGUGGGCAGGAAGCGCAGCAGGAGGGCUGCGGAGGCUCAGUCGGAGGCUCAAGUUAGGGCCGCCCCGGCGAAGAAGCAUACAGGAAAGGAUCCAGUCAGUGAUGAAUGUGAGGAAAGAAACCCUUUUACAGAAACAAGGGAGGAAGAUGUAACUGAUGAGCAUGGGGAAAGAGAACCUUUUGCUGAAACAGACGAGCACAUGGGGAUUCAUACCAUGGAGCUAGAAUAUAUUGCAGCUGACAUUAAAAAGGACCUUGCUGCAAAAAGAAAAACGAUAAAAAUAGAUAAAGCAGCUUACAGGAAAACCAAGAACACAAUUGAACGUGCUUUGAGAAAAAAACAACUAAAAAGGCAGAAACGUGAUUAUAGACAUACUCGGAAGUUGCUGAAUGUCCUUAAAGAAUACAUCGCAGAGAAGCAGAAAGAUGAUGAAGCAGAAGAAGCAGAAGCAGCAGAAGCUGCAGCAGCAGAAGCUGCAGCAGCAGCAGCAGAAGAAGAAGAAGUAAUAGUAGAAGAGGAAGAGGAGGAAGAGAAGGAGGAGGAGGAGGAGAAAGGAGAAGAAGAAGGAGAAGAAGAAGGAAGAGGAGGAGAAGAAGAAACAGAAGAAGAAGAAAAAGAGGAAGAGGAAGAGGAAGAAGAACUAAUUGAAGAAGAAGGAGAAGAAGAAGGAAGAGGAGGAGAAGAAGAAACAGAAGAAGAAGAAAAAGAGGAAGAGGAAGAGGAAGAAGAACGCUCCUAGAAAACAUUUCAAGAAAAACAGAAGAGGUGGCAACAACCUACAAGUGUUAGGAGCUGGAAGCUGAAAGAGAUGAAGCCGCUACUUGAGCAAUUCAUAAAGGCUACCAAGGAUGCUAAAGACAAUUAUUACAUCAUUUCUUCCGAUGAAGACAGUGAACUUGAUAACUAGCCGUGUUUUUAAAUAAAAUCGUGUCAGAACUCUUUUGGAAGAGUUGGCACUUCAUUGUCUCUUCAACCUCUGUUAUUCUGAUGACUGAAGAAAGAACUUGAACCUAUGUUAUAUGAUACAAGCACAGCUUGAGCUACAGUAAACUACAUGACAGUGUUUUGAUAAUUGUUGUAUAAAUCGGUAUAGCUCCUCUGUCAUUUGUCUGUUAAAUGCCAGACCUCGUUUCUAUGAUUUGUUGAAUGAAUCCUAGACACUUCUGUGAGAAAGCAGGGAUUGCAUAGUUAUGUACACGGUCAAUUUAAUUUUAACAUUAAAGAUAAUUUAGAUUUCGA